CUUGCGAGUGGCGCGGCAUACCAACGCAGCGGCUCUAAAUUUGACGUAGGCUGAAUAAAUGAUUUAAAACGAACUACUUUCAUGCUUGUUCCGUAAGAGUCAUCAUUCUACGUAGCUGUCAAGUACUUAAACGGAGUUGCCAAGUCCCGAGAGUUAGUUUAGAAAGGCACGGCUCAAGAUUACUUUGUGCCUAGUACACAUUACUAACGGCUUGAAACGCACAAUGGCGCAUCAUUCAGGUUGAGAUUAUCUAUAGUAUUUAUCAGAGCAAGACAUAUACUGCAGCUUUGCCACAUUCUGGGAAAACAAAUUGGGAGGUGAUUAUAGCAGACGUUGACAGCGGUGCCACACGCGGUGUAUUAGUCCGGUACAGGGUCAGCGUGCUUCAGCCACAUUGUUGGGCCAGAUACCCACUGCCAUGGGUCCCAAUAUUGCGGUAUUCGUCAGGCUGUGGGUGAUACUGGAAGCAAUAACUUUGGUAGCCGCAGCUUCGACGUACUCCCAUAGGUCAUAUGUCAAAGUUUCCCGGCGCUUUCACCAACAUCGCCGUAUAAAUGACCAUUCCUCUGGUCAAACGGUGUCACAGAAUGCUGUCACGAACUCACAAGUCCCCGUAGCACCAGAGCCUGUCCAGCACGUUCAUCUCGACCCAUGUCAGGUGACAGUCUGUCCAGAGGGGCACAUGUGUGUGGCUAUUGAAUCACAGUGUAACGGAGGCGAGCUGGUCGCGGAUUGCCAGCCCAUGAAGGCGACAACCAAUAUUUGUCGAGAGCCGAGAGAUAAAGGGGAUGUCUUCUGUAACGGAAGGCACAGCCGCUGGUAUUACGACUCGGAGAUAGGACGCUGCAGACGUCUGCUGUAUUCGGGCUGCGGAGGGAACAACAACAAUUUCCCGUCUAGGGAUAUGUGCGAAAGAGCCUGCGUCCGAGAGAAGGUAUGUUGUUUUCGAUCAGAUCCCGGCCCCUGCAGAGCGAACAUCCCCAGGUGGUAUUUCGACUCGAUAGAUGGCGCCUGUAAGCAAUUUACGUACGGCGGGUGUAAAGGGAACGGAAAUAACUUUGAAACAGAGUUACAAUGCCAGGGCCUGUGCACGUACUAAAAUGGAGCAGAAUAAGAAUAUUUCAUCGGAGAAAAAGUGUUGUAAAUAUUCUGAGUUCUGAGUUCUGUGCAAAUGCUGAUGCAGUGGUACUCGUACUGCGUAAACAGCAUUUCGUGAAGAACAGGGUUUUGGGGGUGGAUUACCAUCGGCUGUUCCCAGCGUCCUAAAAACAAGUGCCAAGCGUAAAAAGUGCAGGAAUUACAAGGAAAAACAUCUGCAGCCAUUCAUCACUUUAAAGAACGCAUGUUCUCUUGUGGCGAUGGUGGUUUUAUACCAUGAUAAAAACCGUGGUUAUUUGACAUUCACGGAAAAGUGAGAUACUUUGAACAGGAAUAUAUAUAUACUGGACAUGAAAUCGGAAAGCGAAUACAGAGAAAAACGUGAUUUCUUUACAUCAUUAGUAUCUAGUCGUAUCGAUCAAAAUAUUGCAAUAUUGCUCUUCUAUAAAAC